CACGCGUUUUUUGACAUUUACAUUUUAGGUCCGUGGUGGCUCGUCAGAGAGGAUUGCAGUGUUGAUAUUUUCGUGAGAAAAGUGGUGUGAAAAAUCAGCUUGAAUGAAAUACUACGAGGAGAGCGCUUCCGCGAAGAACAGGGCUCAGGAUAAGUACGACGCGAUGAGCGAUGAUGACCGGGAUAUUGACAUUGAGAGCGAUGAAGACAACGACUCCGAUGGCACUCGUCAUCAGCAGAGGAACUCUGUAAAUAGCCAGUACUGCUCUCAGGCCGAGAAGCGGGCUCACCACAAUGCGCUGGAGAGGAAGAGGCGAGAUCACAUCAAAGAUAGCUUCACAUCCCUGCGAGACUCCGUGCCAUCGCUUCAGGGGGAGAAGUCUAAACCUUUGCAGGCGAGCCGUGCGCAGAUCCUGAAGAAGGCCGCCGAGUACAUUCAGUUCAUGCGACGAAAGAAUCACUCCCACCAUCAGGACAUUGAGGAUCUCAAGAAGCAGAACAACGUUCUGGAAGCACAGAUUCGACAGCUGGAGCGCGCCCGGGCCAAUGGGGCCACAUUCAAUGGCUCCGAGUCCGGCGAGAUGAACCUCAACGUGAACAAUUCCAAAGCGGACAGCUCUCGCGGUUCAGAGAGCAGUUCGGAUGCGGAGGAGAGCAACUUGAGUGCCCGUCGCAACAAGAAGCUCAAGACGAGCGGCUCCUUCGCUUGAAAGUCCAACUCUCUCUUCGAUCAUACAUUUUUAUUUCAUGUGUCCAUUCUUGUAUAAUGGGGGUGCGCGGGAGGGAUUUCGUGGCCUAACCAGGUGCCAGAGAGCCACCUCGGCCCGGCUGUCGCGCGGGUGGGUGGGGCGAACGUACAAGGACUGAUUCACUGAUCCCCAAACAGAUAGGAAUCCGCUUCACUUUUCAACCCCGCCUUUCAGAGACAACCGUGAAUUUCUUUUUCUCAAUCUCCCCCACUCAGCGCAUUGCUCUUUAGGAUUUAAGUGUUAUUUUUCGCUCAUUUUACUGAGUUUUCGUCUUUAAUGUGAAAUAAUUGUUAUAUUUUCUUCCGAAAUUACUUUACGUGAAUUAUAAUAUUCUCGAUCAUCCUUAUUUUCUACAUAAAACAAACUAAUGUUUUAGAAUUCUCACAUACUGCUGGAGUAUUUUCAAGUGAUUAUAGAGUUUUUUGCGAGUACAAGACAAGAAAACUGAUGGGAAACAGGAAUAAUCACGAAGUUGAAAGGAAAUAUUUGCAUUAGAAGUAGUAAUUGAAGUUAUUUUACGUUCUAUUGUAAAUCCUCUAUGGAAAAUACAAAAUUCCAAUAGAAAUAUACUUCAAUGUAUAGAAAAGA